AUGAAUUCAUCCGAAGGUGCCGAGGAUCUCGAACAGCGCUUCAACAAGGCACACAAAGAGUUCAGAAUCACUUUGAAGAGCAUCAUCCACACUCUACAACAGGAUGGCUUCAGCAUGGAGAAUUGUUGGGAAAUCUGUGACCAACUCGAUCUUCUCGAUUCCUUCCUAGGUGACAUGGAAGAAUUGGGUCCGGAGAUGGCACUAGUGAAACCAUAUCGGGCCAUCUUCCAUGACUUGCCUCGAUGCUACUUCCUGGACUACCAAUUCCAGUUUGAUUGUCUCAGUAUUCAGACUGGCUUGGACGAUGUUCGGGGUCUUUUGGCUGAUUGCUUCCACGAUGACUGUGCUCAGGUUGCCUGUCUUGGGUUAGAAGGUCUCCUAGCUAGACUUCCGUUCUAG